UUAUCGUUUUUGUUUGUUCCUCACUCGGGGGCGCGCGCUAAGCUCUAUUUCUGGCCGGGCCAAAUCGUCCAGCGCCUCCGCGGGAAGUGCUCACGAGGCAACGUCGCAGGAGCAAAAGCGCGGCUUGCUGCUGCGGAUCAGGUUAGGCCUAUAACAUCGGGACAGUCAUGCGACAACUCAAUAAGGCCGACGUGAAGCAGAAGGAGUGGGAAGAUGACCUGCAGCCGCACCAGCGGGACAACACCAAGGAGAGCCAGAUUCUGAUAUGGAUCUGGAAUUGCCUCGAGAUGGUCAGCUGCCUCGACUACGACCAGUUUCUCAAAGAUGGCGUGGCUCUCUGCAAGCUGAUGAACCACGUGCGGCCGGGCUCGGUGAACAUGGAGGAAGUGAGCAGCGGCAACGACUUCCGCCAGAAGCGGCGAAACAUCGAGCUCUUUCUUCGUGCCGCCAAGGCGUACGGAGUCGAGGAACGCCUGCUCUUCCAGCCUGAGGAUCUGCUCUUUCUGCGGCACUUGCCCCGCGUCACGAGGUGCAUCUACGCCCUGGGAAAGCUGGUGAGCGUUGACUCCGGAUACUCGGGUCCCAAGCUGGGUGAAGAGCCCUACGACCCCGUGAACGCGGCGGCCGGCCGGCGCCGUGGAGGCAUGCCCAUCGGCGACGACAUUUACGUGGCACACGUCAAUGUUCGUGACGUCAUCCGCCGGCUGCCAUCACUCACCGAAGGGGAAGACGUCAUCUCCGUCGGGUGAUGAACGGAUGCAGCACAACGCUUCAACGCAGUGAAA